GUUGCGCCCUCUAUAUAACGUAGAACGGUAAAGCGUGACGUCAACGUCCGGUGACGUCAUCAGCAGACAUACUUUUACGUAGCUUAAACUGUCUCGGAUCAAGCUUCAGGAUGUCAUAUGCAUAUUUAUUUAAGUACAUUAUUAUAGGUGAUACAGGUGUUGGUAAAUCCUGUCUGCUGCUGCAGUUUACUGAUAAGAGAUUUCAGCCUGUACAUGAUUUAACCAUAGGUGUGGAAUUUGGUGCUCGAAUGAUUACAAUUGAUGGAAAACAAAUAAAAUUACAGAUUUGGGAUACUGCUGGUCAGGAGUCAUUUCGGUCAAUAACCCGAUCCUACUACAGAGGUGCAGCUGGUGCUUUGUUGGUCUAUGAUAUUACAAGGCGUGAUACAUUUAACCAUCUGACAACAUGGCUAGAAGAUGCACGUCAACACUCAAAUUCUAACAUGGUUAUUAUGCUUAUUGGAAAUAAAAGUGAUUUAGAAGCCAGGAGAGAUGUGAAAAAAGAAGAAGGUGAAGCAUUUGCCAGGGAACAUGGAUUGAUUUUCAUGGAAACAUCAGCCAAGACGGCUGCAAAUGUGGAAGAGGCUUUCAUUAACACUGCAAAAGAAAUAUAUCAAAAGAUUCAAGAUGGUGUUUUUGACAUUAAUAAUGAGGCAAAUGGAAUCAAGAUUGGUCCACAACAUUCCAAUGCCAACACCAGCAUGCCUUCUGCUGGUGGCGGAGGAACCAGUGGUAGUAACUGCUGUUGAACUUAUAAAAUUGGUUGGUGUCAAUGAGCCGUUGGAAGCAGGAUGCCAGAACUUGCUAUUUGGCUGCUGACAAGCCACCAGCCAAGAGACAAAAGUAUGCUAAGGGACAGUGUGACAUCAACAACUACCACACUCUUCCAACUUUCUUAGUUUGUUCUGAAUAUAAUUUCAGCCAAGUUCAGAAACCUUUUUAAUAUCCAAAUUUUUAUGCAAACUAUGAGUAAAUUGAACUAUUUUACUUAUUUUCUAAACACUCUAAACGUUUGCAUUCCUGGAAGGUUUCUUGAAUCAACCAUUGGUUAGAGAUAAACAAUUGCACUUUCUUUAGUAUUUAUACAUACAUAUAACUUCAAAAAUACACCAAUCCACACAACACACACACACACACACACACACAAACAUUGUUACUAUUUUACAAUGGACUGUAUACACACAUACAAAUACACACACCACACACAUUUAGUUCUAUUCUAAAGGGUAUGUCUGUUCAUGUUAAUGUCAAUUUUGGAUGCAUAUAUUCUGUGCGUAUGUUCAUCCAUGUAAAAUUAUGAGUAUAUAAAUCAUGAUGGUAAAAGGAAAAAAGCUUGUCUUAUAGAUAGUUUGCUGUUUUCAUUUUUAAUAAAUUGUCCUCUGUAAACUGUUCCUCUAUCUCAAAAAUAUAAAUCUCAAGCUCAUAUUCUCAUUCUUAGAAGUGCAGACAGUCAAAAUUAAUUCAAUAAGUAUAUAUCAAUAUCAUUUAGCUGGAAAUCCGACAUCUUCCAUUUUUUUGUUUUUAACAUUUGUUUCAUUUCAAUGUGACUUCCAAACUACUCUUCUUAUUUGCUUUGCUUUGCUCCUUUUUAUAUUUACUUGAAUAUAGUGACACAUCCAACUAUCAUUCAAGAUUUACUACCAAAUUAAUCAGCUUAAGUUAAAUUUUGAAAAACUAAUUAAAAUAACAAAUUCCUGCUACAUUCCAAACUUUUUUCCCUCAAGUCACUUUGUAGUCUAAAUAAUAAAAAGGAUGUUUACAGAAGUCUGGUUUGCUUUCCAUCAUUGUUAGAUUUAGCUGGUUGAGUUAAAAACUUGGACAUGAUAAAAACUAGCUUGUAGCAUGCAAGAAGAUUAUUACUUGCUUUUAUUUUAAAGUGUUCUCAAUAAUGAAUUAAGAACUAAGCUAUUUCAGUUUCAUAGUGUUAUUGAUAACGUCUUUUAGAUCUGUUGCAAAAGUUGAGAUAUAUGUUCCAACCCAUGCAAGAGUGGACAUUGCAAACGAAAUUAAUUUGCAUUUAUGAAUAUAUUUGACACACCUGCUUUCUUAAAAAAUCAUUGCUUUCCUUUUUUCCAUCCUAUCAAGAUUUUCAUAUCAAAGUUGGAAGUGAAAAAGAAAUAGCAGUCAUUAAGUUUAAUAAUUUUCUUAGUUUCACACUUUUGAAUUAACUCUGAAAAUUAAUCUUUUUAAAGAUUGCCUAUAUGUUAAACUUUCAAAAUAAAUUUGAAGUGUUUGAUUUCUCACAUGCAUUGCUCAGCAUUUAAAUUUAUCAACUCUAUUGGAAGAAUCAGGAUUCACUUUAUCCCAAAAUCUUUAUUUUUACAUGCAAUGGAGCUUUUAUUUAAAAUAUUAAAUUGUAACAUGAUAGAGGUUGUAAUUCAUGGAUGUAUAAAAGUAUAGGCAUGGCUGUGACUAAAACUUCUGAAGGCAGUGGCCCAGCAUGACUGCAUUCCAUUGCCCUGAAAAUCAGUAAAAAAAAUACAGGCUGGAAUGAGUAUUUCAAGGGUUUAUAGAAAAGCUUAGUAUACUUUUCCUCUAUUUUAAUAUACAAUUUAAAGUUAUUUGUAUGAAUAAAAUGUAUGCCCAUUGUAAAUUGUUUAAAAAAUGGAGGCCGACACAAUAUAUCAAUGUUCUAGAAUGAGAAUAUGUAGAUACUACUAAGACUGACACUAGAUUUAUCUCGUGAAGGAAAAAAAAAACUAUGAAGACAAUAUACAAUUCAUUUUUUAAUUUUAUUUUUCAGUCUUCUAUAUAGCUGCAUAUCCAAACAAUUUUCUUGUCCAGCUAACAUUUACCUGUUAAAGAGAAAAUAAUUUUAAAUAUUUAGUUUCACAUUUUGGUUUGUCCAGAUCUUAUAACAGUAAAGCUGACUUGUUUUGAUUUACAAAUACAUGGUAAUUAUUUGAUAAAUUAAUGUAAUACAAUAGUAAACCUAAUUAGUUCAAUAAGAGUAUAAAGACAUUUGACAGCAACACUAAUUCACUAAUAGCCAUAGUUCUGUUGCUCUGUUUUAUAGAAUCUCAUUCUAAAUUUCCCAGCUUUACUUUGAAAUUUAAUGGUAAAAUUGAAAUCAAGUUUUUUUUUUAAGAAACUACUAUUAGAACUCUUGUUUUAUUACCUCAAUACUUGCUAUUGCUUGAGCUGUUUUUACAAAAAUGAUAAGUUGUAACAAAUCAAAUGUAAAUCUAAUUACCAUCAACAUGAGGAAAUAGCAUUUAAAAACCUCUUCAAUAUUUAUAUAGGCAACUGAGAAACAAUUAAAUGGUCUCUGUGUUGCUGUAUAGCAAUGAAAAAUGGAGAUGUGCCUCUUAAAUAGUAAUUCUCCAAAAACAUUUAAUUUUCACAACUUAUGAAAUCAAUUUUGUCUUGACUCUUUGAGAUUAAAGCCAGUUGGAUAAAAUUUAAACUGUCAAAAGCUUACCUGAAUAAUAAAUAUAAUUUACUUUUA